AAAAUUUCUCUCUCUUUCACCAUAAAAAUCAAAACCAGAAACCCAGAAGAAGAAAAUAAAGAGCUUUUACUGAGCCACCAAACAACACUACCAGUCACAGAAUUUUACAAAAAACCCAAAAUUCCAAAAACCAAAAAGAGUUGAAAAUCCAAGAAACCCCACAAAGAUUCAAUCUUUCACAUUCAUUUCUCAUUACUCAUCUCCCAUAAAAACAUAGAAACAGCCUCAAAAUCUCUUUCCCCCACUACACUCAUACAACAAAGAUAAAAUGAUUUGAUUUUGACCAAAGCUUCUUCCACAUAACAAAAAAAAAGAAAAAGAAAAAUGGGCUUUUCACUGAAGCUAUCGUCUCUUUGCAUCAUCAUCAUACUCUCCAUGGCUCUGUUCUCAGAUCUCGAGCUAGCAAAAUCUUCAUCACCAGACUACACAAACUUAAUCUACAAAGGGUGUGCGAGACAGCAAUUCUCAGAUCCAUCUGGUUUAUACUCACAGUCACUCUCUGCAAUGUUUGGCUCAUUGGUCUCUCAAUCAACGAAAACCAGGUUCUACAAAACCACAACCGGAACAACUAGCCAAACCACCAUUACUGGUCUUUUCCAAUGCAGAGGAGACUUGAGCAACAACGACUGUUACAACUGUGUUAGUCGUCUUCCUGUUCUCUCUGGUAAGCUCUGUGGCAAAACCAUUGCCGCUAGGGUUCAGCUCUCCGGCUGUUAUCUUCUCUAUGAAGUCGCUGGCUUUGCCCAAAUUUCAGGGAUGGAGAUGUUGUUCAAGACAUGUGGGAAGAACAACAUCGCCGGAACAGGAUUCGAAGAGAGGAGAGACACUGCGUUUGGGGUAAUGCAAAACGGAGUCGUUUCAGGCCACGGUUUCUACGCGACGACAUACGAAUCAGUUUCCGUUUUAGGACAAUGCGAAGGCGAUGUCGGCGAUUCGGAUUGUAGCGGCUGUAUCAAAAAUGCGUUAGAGAAAGCUCAAGUCGAAUGUGGAAGCUCAAUUUCUGCUCAGAUUUAUCUUCACAAGUGUUUCAUCGCUUAUAGUUAUUAUCCAAAUGGUGUUCCCAGAAGCUCUUCUUCUUACCAUAGCUCUGGCUCUUCGGGUUCUUCUUCUUCUUCAGAAACAGGAACAACAGGCAAAACGGUGGCAAUAAUAGUAGGAGGAACAGCUGGUGUUGGAUUUCUUGUCAUUUGCUUGCUUUUCGUCAAAAACUUGAUGAAGAAGAAAUAUGACGAUUAUUGAAAAUGAAUAGGAUGAAGACAACGAAAUGAGUCCAAACCCGAAAUA